UAGGUUGAGAAGUAGUUUAUCUCGUUACUAGGCAGCGAUAACGGUGCUGGUUUAGUAAGCACUCAUGGGAAAUAUCCUGUGCAUAAAAUAACGGUUAUUUUAAUUUAUUAAGCAAAUUCACUGGUUUUAAUAAAGACUAUGCCACAACAACAGUGGACAUAGUCGGGUCGCUUUUUUCAUUAGUUUGCUAAGUUAACGCACUGAAGGGAAAACUAUCACCGCCACCCUGGCCUCCCCAAGUGAGAUUCGAGAAAGGCUGCGAACGAAGCACCGAGCUCUGCGGGACACUCUGGGAAAAAAUAAAGAUGAGGACGAUGUUCAGGCUCUGGUUCCGUCUACCAAACUGAGUAAGGGGAGACUACAAACGUCUAUGAAGGAACAACAAAGCAGCGAUGAAGACCCGGGUGAGACACUUAAACGCACCUUAAAGGCUCAGCUGCAAAGGCGGAAGAAACGGGUGCUUGAACGGUCUUCAGCCCAAGGGACCCAGGUUGAUGAUGAUGAUGAUGAUGAUGAUGUGGAGGAGAUCUCCACCGUUCAGCAGCGCAGUGAAGAUGAAGGUCCAUCUGAAAAGGCAGCCGACCCCGAGGGUUUGUCAAGACCUCCCACUGGUUCGCUGAGAGGUCUCUCCUCCAGAGUUCAGCAUACCGCUGACUCUCAGCAUUUAGACGACUUUGUGACACGCCGCCUGGAGGAGAAACGGAGAGCAGCCAGAGCUAAAGUUGAGAAUGCUCAGCCGCAGGAGGUCUCUCCUGAGCCAGCCAGUCGCCUCCAGAGUCUCAGAGACAGAGACACUGUGACGAGGUUUGACCGAGCGGUUGAUCCAGAAAGAGCUGGAAGACAGGAUGUCCCCCCAACCCUCAGCACCAGGGUCAAGUUCCGAGAAGUAGCAAGACGAGCAUCAAAAGGUGUACCCACUGCAGAGGAGGCAUACAAUUUCUUUACAUUCAACUUUGAGCCUGAUCCACAAGAGGAGACGGAGAAGAUUAGCAGGAAAAGAAAAAAACAGAAAAAAGCAGCCGAGGACGGAGAUGAAGAAGACGAUGAUGAGCAGGAAGAUGCUGAAGUGGAUGAAGCUGAUCAGGAUGAACAUGAAGACCAGAGUGAAGACGCCCCUCUAGUACGAGAUGAGGAGGGGGAUUUGUUCGUCAUUGAACAAUCGUCCCAGGACUUUCUGGAAGUGAAGAAGGCGGAGUAUGUUGGGUACAGAAAAAGUAUUCAGCAGGAAAGUGAGCUUCUCUUCACACCAAGUUUUCGAACAGUCCCAACCUCCAUUAAACUGCCCGAAAACAUGAAGCCUCGUUUCCUGGAGGACGAGGGUCUUUAUGCAGGGGAGAGGCCUUCUGUAUCUCUGACCAAUGAGAACAUUCUGGAGAACCGCAUUCUGAAAACAGAGGAGGGAAAGAAGUGGUUUGGAGAUGACGGCAGGAUCAUGGCUCUGCCUGACCCCAUAAAGGAAUCAUCCACCAGACCCCCUCUGUUCCAGAUGGAGGAGGACAUGGACCCUGCACUGCACACUGUGUACAGGAAGGCAGUCAAAUCCAAGUAUGCUUAUCUGUAUAUCGCUGGUUCAGCUGACCCUGAAGGAGACUACCAGCUCGAUGUUGACGUCUCUGGGCUGAUCUUCUCCCAUCAUCCACUCUUCAGUCGCGAACACGUCCUGGGGGCUCGUUUAGCCCAGUUGUAUGAUCAGUACCUCACCAGGCAGCACAAUAAUCUGACAGGACACCUCACUGACAAGUUGAACGGAUCCCGGAUCGCACUGCGGAAUAUGCUCAACGUCCAUGGCGGGCAGAGCCUCACUCCAGUCAUGCAGCAGAGGAUAUCUGAGUACAGUCUGGAGGUUCGGAACACUCGGCAGCUGCGAGACAGUGAGCAGGAGAAAGACCGGACCCUGCUGAAGAACAUAGUUAAAGUGUGGAAGGAGCUCAAGGCCCAGAGAGACCUUCAGAAGUACACCAACACGCCCUUUAAGCUCUACCUCAGGAGAGAGAACGUGGACCACGCCUCGGAUGAGCGAGAGUACGAAGAUGAGAUCUUGGCAGAGGUCGUGGAACUGGAGGCAGAGAGCGAAGAGGACUACCAGAGAAAGCUGGCAGAGUACAAGAAACAGCUGGAAGAGUGGAAACUCUGGAGGAGGAAACAGAAAGCCAAAAAGAAGAAGAAAAAAAAGAAGAGGAAAGGCCAGGCACAGGACGACACAGAAGAGGAAGACGAAGACCAGGAGGCGAGUGAAUCAGAAGGUCCUGCUGAAGAAGGUCCCCCAAAGCCUGAGCCUCCAGAGAAGCCAGAUUUUGAUUCUAUAGAGCAGCAGGUCAGAGAGAAAGCCUCCAGGAUACGCAGGAAACCUGGAGAGGCCAUCUUGAUUCCUGAGCUGUCUGCAUCUGGAAACAUCACCGCCAGUGAACUCUGCCCCAGGCCUGAAACAGCUCGAAGAGAGGAUGUCACAAGGCGCUCUCUUUUCAUCAAGAUCCUAUACAACGACAAAGAAGUUUCGAGAACGGACAGCCGCUCCUUAAACUCUGAUUUCAGAGUUCACUUUGGUCAGAUCUUCAAUCUCAAGAUAGUUAACUGUCCACAGAGCAUCAGUCUGCAGGUGUUUGAGGAGAUUGGCUCAUCAUGCUCCCUCCUGGCUCAAGUGUAUAUUCCGGUGCCAGAGCCGUCAGUUUUGACGGGUACCGGCACUCUGGAGGAAUUUGAGUUCAGCAGCAACCAGAGAGUGAUGUACGACCACGAUGGUGUAGGAAGUGACGUGCCUCUCUCCUUUGAGGCUGAUGGCAGUAACAAACAGACCCUGUUGACCUCUGGGAAGCUGUCUUGCUGUGUUUCUUGGGGGAUCGGGGAGGAUGACGUACCACUUGCCCCUCCUGUGUCUCAACAACCAGGCGGCUUACCCAGUGGCUUGGACCGUCUUGAUGCCGUCACAUAUAUCGGGGCAUCUGGACUCUAUGACAUGAAAAAAAUUGGAGAGUGGGCAACACAGUCGCGGCUGGACCCCAACGACCCCAAAAAUGGCGCCAUCAUGCAGCUGCUGAAACUGGCCAGUAGCGGAGAGGUAACGGCUCCCGAGUACUUCCGUCUAGAGCAGCUGCAGGAGGAGUUCAACUUUGUGACCGAUGAAGAGCUGGAGAGGUCCAAAAGAUUCCGCCUGCUCAGGCUCAGGAACCAGGAAGUGGCCGAGUUUCGGAAUUACAAGUGUGUUCCCGCUCUGGAGAGGGAGGUCACUGAUAAGGUGUUCCAGGAAUAUGAGAGGAGGCUGAAAGAAGGAGAGGAAAUCGACACCCGAGACCACCUGGAUCCACAGCGAGCCCGCAAAGCCAAACAACACCAGAAGAUCCGAGAAGCAGUCCUCAACAGGUUUAUUCUUGCCAAGCAUCACUUCCUUCUGUCUGACUUGGUGAUAGAAGAGGAGAUACCAAGCAUCGGGAUUCUGGGACUAAACCUUUUCAAGCUGGCUGAACCAAAACGACCGCUGAAACCUCAGAGGAAAGAAAGGAAGAAGGUGACGGCUCAGAAUCUGUCCAACGGCGACAUCAAGCUGCUCGUCAACAUUAUCCGGGCGUAUGAUGUCCCCGUUCGCAGGCCCCAGAGCAAUAGACCAGGACAGUCUUCUCAGACGGCCAUCCAGGGCAGUGAUUGGCUUAUCAGCCAGGUACAAGUGAGGCCCUUUGUUGAGGUUUCCUUCCAGCGCACAGUGCUUCAAACCACCACAGCUGAAGGACCGAACCCCUCCUGGAACGAGGAGCUACAGCUGCCAUUUAGUGCGCCAAAUGGCGACUACAGCACUGCGAGUUUGCAGUCAGUCAAAGAUGAAGUCUUCAUCAACAUAUUUGAUGAGGUGGUUUAUGAAACUGGAGUGACCGACAAAGACAAAGGGAGGUCGAUACACACCCGGGUGGAGAAGCACUGGCUGGGCUCUGUCAAGAUUCCUUUCAGCACCAUUUACUCUCAGUCCAGGAUUGAUGGAACAUUCAAGGUGAACACACCGGCAGUGUUGCUGGGCUACAGCAAGGAGCGCAGCCACGGCACUAAUGGUGGUUAUGAUACGUUGCGGAGCCUGAGCGAGGGAGCGUUCAUCACACUCUUCAUCACCAUUGAACCUCAGCUGGUGCCCGGAGAGACGAUCAGGGAGAAGAUAAAGGAAGUGAAGUUUGAUAGCCAAGAGGAUGAGCAUCUGCUUCAGGCUGCAGAGAGAUUCGAGAGGGACGCAGCUCGGGCUUACCCGGACCGACCCUGCAUCACCACAGUCAUAGAUCUCAACGGGAAGACGGUGUUCAUCACACGUUACAUUAAACCGCUCAGUCCACCGCAGGAGUUACUGGACGCAUUCCCCGAAAACUCGCAGGAGGCCACGGCUCUGGUCGCCCGGUUCGUCUCGCUCAUCCCUUCUCUGCCAGACAGGGUUUCAUUUUCUGGCACCUGUGACCUGUGGAGCACCUGUGCAGAAUUUCUCACCCUCCUAGCAGGGGAUGAAGAAGAGCAUGCUGUACUUUUGUGCAACUACUUCCUGUCUAUGGGCAAAAAAGCCUGGCUUAUAAUUGGCACUGCUAUUCCAGAGGGACCCACAGCCUACGUGCUGACAUAUGAGCAGAGCCGCUACCUGAUCUGGAAUCCCAGCAGUGGUCAGUACUACGGACAGUAUGACACCUUCUGCCCCCUGCAGAGAGUUGGUUCCCUGGUCAACGCUGACAAUGUGUGGCUCAACAUUCAAGAAUAUACGUCACCAAUGACAAUAAAUUUUGACGUCUCAAAAGCCAAUAUGUGGAAGCCGUUUUUCUCCCGAUCAUUCACUCACCCCGGGCUGUCAAGUGUGCAACCGGAGCAGCUGUCAUACAAGCGUGCAGACAAAGCAGCCGCAGCAGACCUUCAGGACAGCAUUGAGAAGAUCCUGAAGGAGAAGAUCAUGGAGUGGCGGCCUCGUCACCCAACCCGCUGGAACCGCUACUGCACCAGUACCCUGAAACAGUUCCUGCCCAAACUGGAGCUGAGCGGUGGGCAGGACAUGGCUGAGGGGCAUCGCCAUGAGCUGCAGAGCCUGCUGGGAGACCACAGGAUUUCAGGAUUCCCCCUGCAUCUGCCUUUCUCUGAGAUUGGGCCCAUCAUUGAGGCGGUGCACAGCACUGGAGUUCACAACAUUCAGGGAUCAAAUGUGGAGUUUGCCCUGGCUGUGUAUGUGCAUCCCUACCCUAAUCAUGUCCUGUCUGUGUGGGUGUACCUGGCCUCACUGGUGCGCACGUGAGACAAGAGGUAUCACUCUGAACCACAUGUGCUUCUGUAUAGAAAUCACUUUAGCUUUAUUUAAGCCAAUGAUUGUAAUUUCACUGCUCGCACUAUGUUUGCACAGUAUUAAAUGGAUUUUAUAAUAUAGAUAUUUUAAUAAUACUCAGGUACCAGUCUUGUAAAUCAAAUCCAUCACAAAAUAAUAACUUUGCAUUGAAUCGCUUCUUCUGAGUGUGAUCAUGUUCAGUUGCUCUUGAUGCUGAUAGAAAAUAGCCUUUUUUGAGGCUGUAGUUUGUGUUGCUGUUGUAUUGGACACUAUUAAAAUGUAUUUCCAUUAUUUUAUGUAUCUAUUAUGACAUAUGGAGGGGCAGAAUAGUAGCAAACUAAAGAAAUGCCUUAACAACAUUACCAAAAGCAACCAUACGUAUAUAAAUACCUGAUAGCUCAGCACACUUGAGCUCGCAUUUUUGUAUGUUUUUUUUUUUCUUAAAAAAAAAAACAAAAAA